AUCUCACCUCGCCCAGGACCCUCCUGCCAUCUCUGAUCCAACCUCGAAUGCACCAGCCAGGGAAUCAACUUGACCCACUCACAAGUCCAGACCCUAAACUAGUGUGCUGGUCUAUUCGGUAGACUAGCUAGUGGAUCAGUCGCGGAUUCUACUGCCGCUUCCGAAUCCGGUUCUGCCUGCGUUACUUAUUUUGUAUCUGGUUGCUUGCGUAAGCUCAUCGUUUUCGUUGAUCUGGCAAAAUGGCGUUGUUGCCACCAGGGAUGAAGAAGGACGAAGAUUUCGACGGAGAGUUCGAGUACUCUCCGUUCUUCGGGAUCGAAAAAGGCUCCGUUCUUCAGGAAGCUCGCGUAUUCAAUGACCCUCAGCUGGAUCCCCGAAGAUGUGCGCAGGUUAUUACCAAGCUGCUGUACUUGCUCAAUCAAGGCGAAACGUUCACAAAGACGGAAGCGACGGAGGUCUUCUUUUCCGUCACCAAGCUCUUUCAAUCAAACGACAUCGGCCUUCGGCGAUUUCUCUACCUCAUGAUCAAAGAGAUCUCCCCAUCAUCCGACGAGGUCAUCAUCGUGACGAGCUCUCUCAUGAAGGACAUGAACAGCAAGACGGACCUGUACAGAGCGAAUGCCAUCCGCGUGCUGUGCCGCAUCACAGACGGCGGCUUGCUAGGCCAGAUUGAGAGGUACCUGAAGCAGGCGGUCGUGGAUAAGAACCCUGUCGUCGCCAGCGCUGCUCUCGUCAGCGGCUUCCACCUGCUCAAGACGAAUCCGGACAUUGUGCGGAGGUGGAGCAAUGAGAUCCAGGAGGCGGUGCAUUCCAAGUCGCCUCUCGUGCAGUUCCACGCCCUCGCACUCCUCCACCAGAUUCGGCAGAGCGAUCGUCUGGCCAUCAGCAAGCUGGUUACGAGCCUUGUUCGAGGUGCUGUGCGCUCGCCACUCGCACAGUGCCUCCUCGUGCGCUACACCUCCCAGGUGAUCGAGGAGAUGGGCCCCAACAACAACAACGCCCGCCCCUUCUUCGAGUUCCUCGAGAGCUGUCUGCGCCAGCGCGCCGACAUGGUGAUGCUGGAGGCCGCCCGCGCCAUGACCGAGCUCACCGACAUCACGGGCCGCGAGCUCACGCCCGCCAUCACGGUGCUCCAGAUGUUCCUCUCGUCGCCCAAGCCCGUGCUGCGCUUCGCUGCCAUCCGCACGCUCAACAAGGUCGCCAUGGCGCACCCGCAGGCGGUCACCAACUGCAACAUCGACAUGGAGACGCUGAUUUCGGACCCGAACCGCAGCAUUGCGACCCUGGCCAUUACAACGCUGCUCAAGACGGGCAACGAGGCGAGCGUGGACCGGCUGAUGAAGCAGAUCACCAACUUCAUGUCCGACAUCGCGGACGAGUUCAAGAUCGUCGUUGUGGAGGCCAUCCGCUCGCUCUGCCUCAAAUACCCCCAGAAAUACCGUGUCCUCAUGAACUUCCUGAGCGGCAUCUUGCGGGAGGAGGGCGGGUUUGAGUACAAGAAGGCGAUAGUGGACUCCAUCCUCAUCCUCAUCCGGGAGAUCCCCGACGCGAAGGAGAUUGGCCUCUCGCACCUCUGCGAGUUCAUCGAGGACUGCGAGUUCACCUACCUCUCUUCGCAGAUUCUGCAUCUGCUGGGCAACGAGGGCCCCAAGACGCCGGAGCCUGCGCGGUACAUCCGGUUCAUCUACAACCGAGUCAUUCUAGAGAACGCCACUGUCAGGGCCAGCGCCGUCAGCACCCUCGCCAAGUUCGGCGCACAAGUGGAAUCCCUCCGGCCUCGCAUCGUCACCCUGCUGCGCCGGUGUCUUUACGACAACGACGAUGAAGUGCGGGACCGCGCAACGCUAUACCUGAACGUGCUGGGAGGGGAUGGGCAGGAGUCGGUGGCAGCCACUGGCGCCAGCGACUUCAUGCUUGAGGCGCUGGAAGUGCCCCUCGUCAACCUCGAGGCCUCCCUCAAGCAAUACGAGCCGAGCGAGGCGCCGUUUGACAUAGACAGCGUGCCCAAGGAGGUGAAGGGGCUGCCGCCAUCCAAGGCGGGCUCCAAGAAGGCCGCCAAGGAGGCCGCAGGGGCCAAGGCGGCAGGCGGUGGCGUGUCGGCGUCAGAGGCGUAUGAGAAGCUGCUCAACUCCAUCCCUGAGUUCGCCACCUUCGGCAAGCUGUUCAAGUCGUCGGCGCCAGUGGAGCUGACGGAGGCGGAGACGGAGUACAGUGUGAACGUGGUGAAGCACGUGUUCCCUGCACACAUGGUCUUCCAGUUCAACUGCACCAACACCAUCGCCGAGCAGAUGCUGCAGGACGUCACGGUGCUCAUGGACCUCGCAGAGGCGGAGGAGUUCGAGGAGGUGGCGUCCAUCCCCCUCAAGGCCAUGGCGUACGGCGUGCCAGGGCAGACGUUUGUGGCGUUGUCGAAGCCCGAGGGCGCGCUGACGCUGGGCAAGAUCACCAACAUCAUGAAGUUCAAGGUGGUGGAGGUGGACCCGAAUACUGGCGAUGCGGAGGAGGAGGGGUAUGAGGACGAGUACCAGCUGGAAGACCUCGAGGUGUCGUCGGCUGACUACGUGCGGAAGCUGAGCGUGCCCAACUUCAGAGCAGCAUGGGAGGCCAUCGACCCCUCCCUGGAGCGCGUGGACGAGUACGGGCUGGGCGUGAGAGACAGCCUCCAAGAGGCAGUGGAGGCCGUCAUCACCAUCCUCGGCAUGCAGCCCUGCGAGAGCAGCGAGAACGUGCCGUCGAAUGCGCGCUCGCACCAGUGUUUGCUGGCUGGGACGUUCCCCGGGGAUGUGUCGGCGCUGGUGCGGUUGUCGUUUGGCAUGGACGCUCAGAAGCAGGUGGCCAUGAAGCUGGCUGCACGGUCGGAGGAUGUCACGAUCAGCGACCUGGUGCAUGAGAUCAUUGCCAACGCGUAGACUGGUCUGUUCUCUGGUGGAAAGGCUGGUGUUCUUUUGGCACAAUGUACUGCUGCUUAUGCACUAUAUAUACGUCACUCAUGCCGCAUACUCUUUCAGGCACUGCACUGCCCGAAGAUGGAGGCUCUAUACUUCUGAUGUGUACAACUGAAAGUGUGGUCUGGAGUCCGCACAACCAUUCUUACUCACACAA